CUCUGUCGCGCCAUCAAACUGGCUCCAAUACAAUCGCCCGAUCUUCCUCAGGCCGAGGCAGCGUUGACGCUGCACGGCGAUUUUACUAUGGGGGAACCGAAGAUGGAGGACGAUCCUCAAGUGCUUUCAAUGGCGACGACACUUGAAGCCGAGUCCCUCUCCAGAGACAGCUCAGAAGCGACUCAGACUUCAACAGCUCAGAACCUCGCACAUUCUCUAGCCGGCAUCUCGGCGGUUUCUGCUGGUAGCCCAUCAUCGGACCCACAACAAUCAAGGCCUAUCGCUAUCGCGCCCGCUAUGUAUCCUGCGUCGGGGACGUCACAUGCAAGUACCGCGCCUGCACCUGGCGGAAAUUUGGUACGUGAGCAUCCCGAUCUUCCGUUCUCUGCCUCAACCCAUUGCAAGAACUCGUCGAGUCCGACACGACAAGUGCCCGGUGGCUGCGACUUGACAGACACCUUGCUUGCUUCCAAUUGGUCCUUGGCUCGCUGGCUCUGAACAAGUCUGGUGGGGCCGUUCACUCACAGGCCGCAUUACUGGCCUGAGCCCCACGUCCUUCCUAAAAUUCUCUGAUCUAUCCUGUUAUCAUGGCGCCA